AUGUGGGAAAUAACGCCGAUGGAGUUGCUGUACUGCAGCAUGAUUGCAAGUGUAACGUUCCUGGGAUGCCUUGUUGGGGCCCUGGAAACUCAUUUGCCAUCCUUCCUCACUCAGACAUUCCGCUACGGGAAGCACUCACUAAAGGCUCAUCGGAAUGCUCUUGUGGAUCGCCUAGAAGUGCCGAAAUCCUUCUUCAGGCAUUUCUACAUCUUUGCACUCCUUCUAUCUGGGUUAACGCUGUAUCUCGUCCUGCGCUCCUGCGUCGCUGGGAAACCACCAUCGGAUACUUUGAUCUACCUCCUGGACUUCCUCUGUGGCAAACGACGCAGCGUCAAAGGGACUCCAAUGGCUACUCUUCUAGCUACAGGAUGCAUCUUCCUGCAGUGCAUCCGACGCUUCUGGGAAACUCACUUCGUGCAGGUUUUCUCACGAUCCAGCCGGAUCAAUUUGGCUCACUACCUCGUCGGAUACUUGCACUACUUCGGAGCAAUUGUGGCAAUCCUGGGACACUCACAGGGCUUUGUUAAUCCUUCGGCAAAUGCUUCAUUGACAUGGGAUCAACUCAAUUGGCGCAUCGUGGUGUCCGGAAGUGUUUUCCUCUUCGCUUGGUGGCAACAGUGGUGCGCAAAUAAUGCCCUGGCUCAGCUGAGGAAGGACACCAAAGGGAAUGUCAUCACUGAGAAACACCUGAUGCCUAAAGGAGGUUUUUUUGAAAUGAUCUCAUCGCCUCAUAUGUUCUUCGAGUGUCUCAUGUACGUGGCUCUCGUGCCAGCAUUGUCCGGAAACACAGAUUGGCUCCUCGUAAUGGCCUGGGUGAUCUCCAAUCAGGCACAAGUGGCUCACUUCACUCAUAUCUGGUACAGAGAAUCCUUUCCAAAUUAUCCCAAAUCCAGGAAGGCACUCAUUCCAGGCAUUUUCUAA